AUGGGUUCCACUGAUGAAACGAAAGCUGCCGUCCCUCAAGGUGAGGAUGGCGUUGCACUUGAGAGCGUCCCGCCCGCGGUCGCCGCUUCUCUUCACGAUGGCAAGAUGGAUCAUAUCGCAGAUGUGGCCGUGGACAUGGUUCAUGCAGCAGAGGAAGAGUUCACGGAUGAGCAAUACCGGAAGGUUUUGCGCAAGGUCGACUGGGUUCUCCUGCCGCUCAUGUGGAUCUGUUCCGGCGCGCAAUAUGCAGACAAGGUCUCGGUAUCUACUCAGGCUACCUUUGGUUUGAUCGCCGAUACCCACCUGGUCGGCCAGCAAUUCUCAUGGCUCACCUCGAUCUUCUACAUCGCGUUUCUCGUCGCCGAGGCGCCAGGCAAUUACAUCUUGCAGCGUGUUAGUGUUGGACCGACCAUUGCGGUUAGCAUGUUUAUCUGGGGAAUCCUAGUGUUCUGCAUUGCCGCUGCCAAGAACUUUGCCAGCCUGAUGGUGUUGCGCUUCCUUCAGGGAGCGGCUGAGUGCACGACCUACCCUGCCCUCAUCUAUAUCACGUCAACUUUCUACACUAGCCAAGAGCACGCCCACAGAUCUGUUAUCUGGGGCACAGCCAACGCUGGUAUGGACAUCUUGACCAGCCUGAUCAACUACGGUAUUGGUACACAUGCGAAGGAACACCCCAACGGACUGGCCCCAUGGAAGGGCAUCUCUCUCUUCCUAGGCGCCCUUACUGUCGUCCUGUCCGUCAUUACUUACUUCAUCUUCGGCACACCCCGUGAAGUACGCUGGCUCACUGCUGAGGAGAAGCGCAUCGCCCAAGCACGUAUCGUCCGAAACCAGACCGGCACCGAUGUCGAGAAGCAGCCCUGGAAGUGGGACCAGGUCGCCACCGCGUUCAAGGACCCGCAGACCUACUUCCUGUUCUUCCUCGUCAUCAUCAACUCCAUUCCCAACGGGGGCACGACAUCCUUCGGCAACCUGGUCUACGUCUCCUUCGGCUUCACCCCGCUCGAGACCAUCGUCAAGGGCAAGAUCCCGCAGCAGUGCCUGUCCAUCAUCACCUUCAUCAUCGCCGGCUACAUCACCCUCAAGAAGCCGGGAAUGCGCUUCUACAUCAUGAUGGCGUCCGUCGUCCCCGCCUUCGCCGGCAUGCUGGCCUUGGCCCUUCUCCCUAGGCAGGGCAUGCUUUGGACUCGUUGGGGCUGCUACCUGAUCACCAUCGUCGGCAACGUCGCCGGCCCCAUGAUCUGGACCUUGGUGCCCUCCAACAUCGCAGGCCGGACAAAGAAGUCCGUCACCGGGACCGUGCUCUUCAUCGCCUACUGUACAGGCAACUGCAUUGGCGCGCAGGUCUUCCAGGCCAAGGAUGCUCCUCGAUACAUCCCGGCCAUUAUCAUCUGCUCCUGCAUGUACGGAUUAGAAUUCGUCGUCAUGUUCUUCUGGCGGCUCUAUUACAUCUGGCAGAACAAGCGUCGUGCUCGCCUCGUGGCCGACAUGGGACUCACCCCUGAGGAGUCGCUUCACCAGGGUGCUCUCAAUGCUGAGUCGGACAUGACAGACUAUGAAAACAUUCAUUUCCGGUAUAGUUAUUAG